AACGCUUGAGGGCGUAAAUAACACUACUAAUCGCACAUGGUUCCAAUUUCUGAUUCUGGACUGGUCUGUUUCGUCAGUGGAAAGGCCUGUAAUUUGCCAGGAAAUGGCUGAAAAGUUGAAGGCGAUCAGGGAGAAGUCCAAACAACGAAGAGCUUUACUUGCACAAACGUUGAAUGUAACAGAUGCCAAUCAACUGAGCAGCGUUCUGAGCAGUAAAGAGGAACUGGAAACAAGAAGUAGUCUUGUCACACCCAAGGACGACCCCACCAGCACAAGCACAGCAACAUGUGUCACCUCCAGCCCUCCAACAAAGCGUAGACUUGCAGGGGAUGCAGCUGAGGCGUUGACUGCCAGGAAAGAGACCCCUACUAAGGACAACCCAGAGGAAGAUGAAGAUGACAGCUUGGUGGAGAAGGUCUAUAAGGAUUCCAGCACAUUCCUUAAGGGAACUCAAAGUGCAAAUCCCCACAAUGACUACUGCCAACAUUUUGUGGACACAGGUCAGCGGCCACAAAACUUUAUUCGGGAUGUGGGACUUGCUGACCGAUUUGAGGAGUACCCCAAGUUGAAGGAACUCAUCCGUCUGAAAGAUGAGCUGAUAGCACGGACCAACUCCCCACCAAUGUACCUGCACUGUGACCUAGAGACCUUUGACCUUGCAGAGUUGAAUCACAAGUUUGACGUCAUAUUGGUGGACCCACCUUUAGAGGAGUACCGACAUCGACCUGGUGUCAUGACCAACCAGAAGUUUUGGAGCUGGGAUGAGAUUAUGCGUCUGGAGAUUCCAGCAGUGGCAGCUCACCGUUCCUUCAUCUUCCUUUGGAUAGGGACCCUGGAGGGCCUGGAUAAGGGGCGGCAGUGUCUGGCUGACUGGGGCUUCAGAAGAUGUGAAGACAUCAGCUGGAUUAAGACAAAUGCCAAGAACCCCGGUAGUGUCAGUCUGGAGACCAACGCCAUCCUGCAGAGAACUAAGGAACAUUGCCUGAUGGGUAUCAAGGGCACAGUGCGACGUUCCACGGAUGGGGAUUUCAUCCACGCCAAUAUUGACCUCGACGUGAUCAUAACGGAGGAACCCGAACCGGGUUCCUUGGAUAAACCUGAAGAAAUCUUCCACAUCAUUGAGCAUUUCUGCUUAGGGCGGAGGCGGCUGCAUAUAUUUGGCUCGGACAGCACCAUUAGACCAGGUUGGUUGUCCAUUGGACCAAAGAUCACCAACAGCAACUUUGUCCAAGAGACCUACGAGAGCUACUUCAACAAGUCUCCCACAGACUACCUCACGGGCUGCAGCGAGGAGAUUGAACGGCUCCGCCCAAAGUCCCCGCCCCCGAAGAUCAAAGGUGGGGCUGCGGGGCGGGGUGGGCAGGGUGGCCGUGGCGGGCAAGGAGGGCGUGGCGGACAAGGUGGGAGAGGGGGACCAGGAGGGGCUCAAGGGGGCUGGCAAGGGGGGGGGAGGGGCGGAGGGGUUGGCGGGAGGGGCAGGGGGGGCGGNGGGCGUGGCGGACAAGGUGGGAGAGGGGGACCAGGAGGGGCUCAAGGGGGCUGGCAAGGGGGUGGGAGGGGCGGAGGGUUUGGCGGAAGGGGCAGGGGUGGCGGUCCGGGAAAGGGCAGGGGAUUCCAAGGCAGGGGUGGUUUUUAA